AUGGACUCUCCCGAUCGUUCUGGCCUGAUUCGUCGAAGCAUUCCCUCGUACAACAUCCUGUCGAACGAUGCAAGUGCAUCCGCGCAGCCUGCGAACCUCCCGAACCUUCAAGAGCAGACUGGUCUACACAUGUCCUUGGUGCUCCAAGCCUUCGGCCUUGCCCCCAACGACAAGACCAGUGCGGCCUUCGAAGCCUUCAUGAACAUCGCGUCGUAUCCCGUCGUUCGUGUCACGCUCUCCGCCAACUCUCUUCAACAGUCUUUGCCCGUCAGCAACCAACACAUGCCGGUUACAACUCAAGCGCUGGCUUUGCGGCCCCGUCCCCGCCCAGACCUCUCUAAUAGAAUUAUGGAGGGUCUCUCAAUGCCCGAUAGGGUGGCCCUGGUUCAAUCCGCCUACCCCAGACUCCAGGUCAUAGCGGUCAAUCUAGUGGUUCCUGGCCCAUUCCCAGGCGACCUUGAAUCGCGUGUCUACGCUCGCAUUGAGCCUCGCCCGAACCUCAUGACUUGGCCAGGCAUGUUCUUGGAUAUGUCUCGUACGUUCCACCAGCGCGGGCUACAUGCCUGGCAAGUCCAUAUGGUAUCUGAGAAGAGGCCGCAGCCUGACCGGGUCACCUAUGCGCAAGGCGGAACACCUAGUGUCCUACUAGUUGGUGUCACAUUCAUGGUCAGUUCAGGUGUGAAGGUUGAGGCUAACUUCAACAUCCUACCCCAUGUCCACCCGCAUCUCCGCCGUCCACUUCAACUUUGCCUUGUACGGGGAUCCGACCUGUUCUCCAAGGAGGAUGUUGUACUCGCGAACAAAAUCGUCAGUGAGAAGGUACGCUCCUCUCGUCUACAAGGACUGCCCCUCGAUGCGUCGGCCAUCUUCUCCCAUAUUCCGACCAUGCUAUCAUCUCGUCCCCAUGCAUCUCCGCUUGCCAGUACACACCAGGCUCGCCCCUUCAACAUCAUGGAACUCCCAGACGACUUCAAGCUCAUGCUUCUUGACGACAUCCUCGUCUCCGAUGAGCCGAUCCAGUUGGGAGUUCCUAGAUCUCAACAGCGUUACUGCUCGGGCAACAAAUUUCCAGCCAUCGCCAUCCUGAGUGUCAACCAUCACCUGCACAACAUGGGCGCGAAGAUCUUCUUUGGCAAGAACACCUUCGAGAUCGCUAGAAACCUCGACUCUAGAGGCCACCGCGGUUCUAAAAUGCUUGCCUGGCACCACGUUCUAAAGGCUGUCAUCAACCUCGGCCCUGCACUCAACGGCAUCCAGUACCUGUCUAUCAACUUGACCAGCAUGUCAUACAGCGGAUACCUGCACUACAUCAACGACCCCGUCCUCUUUGAGAUCCUGAAGCUACUCUCCCGCAACGGUCUGCCUUACGAGGAGAUCUCCAUGUGGUUUGCCGGCACGGGACAGUAUGUCGGCUCAGCCAAGAACAAUGGCGGUUUCUUGGUGCCGGCGUUGCAGGAUCUGCGUGCCCGUCGUCUCGUCUUUCCGGCGCACGACGAAGCGAACUCCGCCCUCAAGGGCAAGCGCGAGAACCAAAUUACCAAGGACACUGUGAGGAUGCUGCAGAAGAUCGUUGUGGUGCAGCGAGCGGCGGGCGACGCGGGUGAGAAGGCUUAUGCGCCUGUCCUCGCGCCGGGUAAGGUGUGA